AUGGUGGUUGUCAUCGUGGGCGAGUUUCUCGGAACGUUCCUCUUCCUCUUCCUCGCCUUUGUUGCUGCCCAAACGGCCCUGAACACGCAGGCGCAAACAGACGUCCCAAAUCAGAAUGGCCAAGCCGAGGGCAGAGGCUCGUCCCCAUUACUUCCACUCAGCUUCCUGUACAUUGCUGCUGCUUUUGGUACCUCCUUGGCCAUCAAUGUCUGGGUAUUCUACCGCGUCUCGGGCGGCAUGUUCAACCCUGCGGUCACUCUCGGUCUUCUCCUCGUCGGUGUCAUCAGACCAGCCUCUGCCGCCAUGAUCAUUCCGACCCAGAUUGUCGCUUCCAUCGCUGCGGCUGCCGUGGUUGAUGGCAUCAUUCCUGGUCCCCUCACCGUGAACAAUCGGCUGACCAACAACACGAGUGUGGUCCAGGGGUUCUUCCUCGAGACAUUCCUUACUGCGCAGCUCGUCCUGACGAUAUACUUCCUUGCUGUCGAGAAGCACCGCGCAACGUUCCUUGCGCCCAUUGGCAUUGGCAUGUCCGCGUUCAUUGCCCACCUCGCAGGCACACCAUACACGGGCACUUCGAUCAACCCCGUCCGAUCAUUCGGACCGGACGUGAUCACAGGCUUUGUCGGAUACCAUUGGAUCUUCUGGGUUGCACCUUGUUUCGGAGCCGUCCUGGCGUUCGGUGUUUACAAGCUGAUGAAGUGGAUGGAUUACGAGGAUGUCAACGGUGGACAGGACGCUGCCGACGUUGAGGCUGCAAGGGAAGAUCAGGCGGACUACUAG